AUGGACCUUCCCGAGCUCGACUUGCAAGGAGCAGCUAUCCGCUCUCCUGAUUGUUGUCUGAGCCUUUCGUCCAAAUUAUUCUGCAACCUAAUCAACACAAUCCCCAACACCACGCUUUCAGGAGAAACGCCAACUGUGCUUUCGAUCGGAAGCGGAUCCGGACUACUGGAAGCCCUCUUCCUCGCUUAUGUAAACUCACAACGCCAACGUGGUAGCUCUGAUCAUGCUGUGGUUAAUAUGGAAGGAGUUGAAGUUCAGCAGGUAGGUAUGAAAGACCAUGUCAACAGCUAUCUUCCAGAACAAGCCAUACACACUGUUCGUGGUAGUUGGGAUGUCGUAUCGAGGCUGCGGGAUUCGGAUGUGACAGCUCUGAUGUUCGUCUAUCCACGCCAACCUGCUUUAAUCUCGCAAUAUAUAAACGUCAUCGCUGAGCAGGGCCUGAAAGUCGAAGUCAUUCUGUGGCUGGGGCCUAUGGCUGACUGGGAGGUAUUUGAGCCUUGUUUCAACACCGGACAUGAAAGCUGUCAGUUUGUGGUUGCUGAGACGAAACAUGGUAGCGAAGUUGGACUUGAAGAGUAUGAAUCUAUGGCAGUGGUGAGGAAAACAGACUAUAGUACCCUUAAGAAGCCGGUUUACUAG